AUGUCUACCUCAAGGUUUCCAAGAGAAAAGCAAAGAAAGCUGGCUAAACAGGCAGCAAUUGCUCAUGGUCAAGGCCAUGUUCAACAUAGCAUAAUGGGAAAUCAGGGAUCCAAGCCCCAAGGGUCAGGGUCGCAAGGAGGUCAAUUGUCCGCAAACAUCAAACCUACAGAUGUUGUUAUCUCUAAGUCGAUCGCAUACAUGUUUCCAGAGAAAGCAGAAAUGUACAACAAACUCAGAACUAAGGAAAGGGAGCUGGACUUGAUGAUAAACAAAAAAAUCAUCGACCUUCAAGAGUAUCAACAGUCUGUUACGAAUGGCUUUGUGGAGGACUCAAAUGAUUACCAAAUAUUGAGGAUUUUCAUCUACAACAUGUCUGAAAACCAACCAUGGCAAGUGAAGGAUCAACAAGUCGAAUCUUUGCCUCCUCCAUCCUGGACUUUGAGGAUUGAAGGACGUUUGCUCAAUGAUACCGAGCCUUCAGACUCUCCAAAACGAAGAAAGUUUAGCUCUUUUCUUUCCGGAAUCUCGGUGGAGCUCAAAGCAAAGGAUGGUAAUGACGAGGAUUUGUCAAUCGGGUCAGUUAAUGGUGGUCCAGACGCAAGAGUAAUCGAGUGGCACGAUAACUUUGGUACUAACGAACUGGAAAGAUCGAAACACCAAUUUGACGGACUGGAUAUCAAAAGGUCUGGUUCAUCGAUUCCUCUAUCCGAAUUUCCGGAAAAUGAAUCUCAGGAUCCUUCUGAAAAGGAGAUUGUAUGUGACAUCGUCAUUCAGCCAAAGAUGUACCCAAUCAAAUUGCAGGUAGUGAAGGAUGCUUUGGUAGAACUUGUUGGAUCAAAUGAGAUCUCUCAGUCUGACUGCAUUCACAAAAUUUUUAACUACAUUAAAAUGAACAAUCUGUUUGAAGUUCAGACUAUCCAGGACAAACAGGGCACGAAUCAACAACCUCAGCAAGUUGUUACCGUCAAAACCGAUGAUCUUCUAUACCGUAUAUUUGGCAUCAAUUCGCUUACCCUGACGCAGAUUAUGGAAAUUGUUUCAACAAAGCUUCUCAAACCAAUCGAACCGAUUAAGGUGCAAUACAGUAUCAACACCCUCAAAGAAACGACCCUGGGAGAUUUGGUGAUUGAUCUCAAAGUGAAUUCGAGAUUUGUGGAUCCAUCUUACAAACCAGGUUCCCAGCAGCUUGCAGAGAUGAGCGAUAUGAUCAAUCAAAGUGUACUAAACAAACAAUUAAUCAGCGAUUUGAGUAAAGUGAACGAAAGCUUGAAGCUGAAUUUCCAACUCCUCAAUUAUUCCAAGUUGAAGUACGACUUUUACAGGAAGCUGAGUAAUAAUCCGGUUGAGUUUUUGCAAGAAGUUUUGGAGAAGAACACCGAGUUUCUCAAAAUUCUUUCCAGUGAUUCAUUCACCUUUGGCAAUGAUGGCAUUCUAGAUGAAGAACUUGUGAGGAAAUCUGAGUUCUACACAGAUGAGUUUUUGGCAGAGCACAUCAAUGUUCUAUUUAACUCUGGCAGGAUUUGA